AUGAGCCACGUCGAGGAACUGCGGGCCCAAUACGAGGCGGCCGGUCAAUCCCAUGUGUUUUCUUACUGGGACAAGCUUUCUGGAGGGGAGAAAGCGCACUUGGAGAGGCAGCUGCGGGGCAUAGACCCGGCCAAGCUGAACGACAUUGUCAAAAAUGCCCUGAUCGCAGACGAGGCUGCACGUCAUGAGCAAGCUGCGAGGGUUGAGCCGCCGCCUGUGGAGAGUCAAGUAUCAACGGUCGGCGACGUGAACGCUGAAUACUACCGCGAGAUCGGAAUGAAGGCCACGGCCGCUGGUCAGGUCGGUGUACUUCUGCUGGCAGGCGGUCAGGGCACACGUCUCGGAUCAUCGGCGCCCAAAGGAUGCUACGACAUUCAACUGCCGAGUGGCAAGAGCCUGUUUCAGCUUCAAGCCGAGCGAAUCGCCAAGCUUCAGGAGCUGGCAUCGCAGGAUGGUGCCCAGGUGAUAGUGCCGUGGUACAUUAUGACGUCUGGUCCAACACGCGAGCCGACGGAGACGUUUUUCCGCGAGCAUGGCUUCUUUGGUCUUGAUCCGGCCAACGUGAUCUUUUUUGAGCAGGGAACGCUGCCAUGUAUCUCGAACGAAGGCAAAAUCAUGCUCGACGAACCGGGCAAGGUCGCUACGGCCCCUGACGGCAAUGGUGGUUUGUACGCGGCGCUGCGCGCACCGGUGCGUGAGGGACAGCCAUCUGUGUUGGAUGACUUGCAUCGCCGCGGCGUCAAGUACUUGCAUGCGUAUGGUGUCGACAACUGCCUGGUCAAGGUGGGCGACCCUGUGUUUAUGGGCGUGUGUAUCGAGAAGCAGGUCGCUACUGGUGUCAAAGUCGUGAAGAAGACGGAUCCUGCUGAGUCGGUCGGAGUGGUGGCCCGGAAGAAUGGUGCCUUUAGUGUCGUGGAGUACUCAGAGAUCCCAUCCUCGUUGAGCGAGGCACGCGACGCGAAGGGCGAGCUGCUUUUCCGCGCCGCCAACAUUGCGAACCACUUUUACACGACGGAGUUUCUGAGCAAGGACGUGCCAGCCUUUGAGCCCAAGAUGGCAUACCAUGUGGCACGCAAAAAGAUCCCUUCGAUCGAUCUCUCGACGGGCGAGCGCGUCAAGCCUUCGACGCCGAACGGCAUCAAGAUGGAGCUCUUUAUCUUUGAUGUGUUUCCUUUCUGCUCGAAUCUCGCGAUCCACGAAGUCGAGCGUCGCGAAGAGUUUAGCCCGCUCAAGAACGCGAGCGGCACAGCCAGCGAUAAUCCAGAGACGUCGCGUCGUGACUUGCUGGCGCAGCAUCGCCGCUGGCUCGAAAAGGCUGGCGCCACCGUCACGGCCGAUGUCGAGCUGAGUCCCAAGGUGACGUACGGUGGCGAGGGCCUCGAGAAAGCAGCGGGUCGCACGUUCGAUACGGCGCAAAACAUCGAGUCGCUGUAA